AUGGCAUCUUCCAAUGAAAGGGCAGAUCCCAUUCCGGAUGGUAUGUUCGCCACGGCACGUCAGUCCAUCGGAGAUCUCUUCGUCUGGAAGCAGCGUGUCGAGGUGACCAAUGAACAUGGAGAGACAUACGCAGAAUGGCAAUCCCCGGAGCGCAUUAAGAACCCUUUCGGUCUGAUGGCGCAGCUUUCAGCUCGAGACUGGGUGUUCUUUAUAGUGGGACUCGCUGCCUGGACUGCCGAUGCAUUUGACUUCCAUGCCCUUUCCAUCCAGACAGUAAAGCUGGCAGAUUACUAUGGCAGAUCCAAAACAGACAUCUCGACUGCCAUUACUCUGACUCUGCUGCUGAGGAGUGUAGGAGCUGCAUUCUUUGGACUUGCUGGUGACAAAUAUGGUCGUAAAUGGCCUAUGGUACUCAAUAUGAUCAUUCUAGGGAUUUUGCAAAUUGCCACCAUUUAUAGUAAGACUUUCCAGCAGUUCCUGGCUGUACGAAGUCUUUUUGGUCUUUUCAUGGGUGGCGUUUAUGGAAAUGCUAUUUCGAUGGCUUUGGAACAUUGCCCUGUCAACGCGAGAGGUCUUAUGUCUGGAAUCCUUCAACAGGGGUAUUCAAUGGGAUAUGUGUUUGCAGCAUGUGCCAACCUUGGUGUUGGUGGUGGAACAGAUACUUGGAAGACCGUAUUCUGGAUUGCAGCCGGUAUCUCUAUUGCAGUUGGUCUCGUUCGCAUCUGCUUCCCCGAGUCGCAGUCCUUCAUCGAAGCCAAGAAAGCCGGGAAGCGAACAAUGAAGGCAGGCGAGUUUUGGCGUGAAACAAUAAGCAUGUUGGGCAAGGAGUGGCGCAUGUGCGUCUACUGUAUCAUUCUCAUGACCUGGUUCAAUUACUAUUCCCACACAUCCCAAGACUCGUACACCACAUUCAUGCUCACUGAAAAGGAGCUUGAGAACGAUGGUGCCUCGCGGGCUUCUAUUCUGAUGAAGACAGGAGCCUGUGUGGGCGGAACCAUCAUCGGCUACCUGUCUCAAUUUGUCGUCCUCAUCCCGGCAUGGAUCCUCCCAGAAGGCGAGAGAUCUCUGAGCGCAACAGGAUUCUUCAUGCAAUUCUUCAUUCAGGGAGCAUGGGGCGUGAUUCCUGUUCAUCUGGCCGAACUGUCUCCCCCAGCAUUCCGUUCUUCGUUCACUGGUCUGACAUACCAGAUUGGAAAUAUGAUUUCCUCGCCAUCAUCGCAGAUUAUAAACGCCGUCGCCGAAUCCACAUUUAUCACUAGUGCAGCCGGCCAUCGUGUCGAGGCUUAUGGGCCUGUGAUGGGAGUUGCCACUGCCAUCAUCGCUCUCGGUAUUAUGGUCACUGCUGCUGUUGGUCCUGAGAAACGGGGUCGCCGGUUCGAAAGUGUUGUGGCCGGGGUUGAUGAGACUGUCGACGCCAAAACCAUGGACUUGGAAACAGGUGAAGAUAAACAUAGUGCGGAGAACAUUGAGAUGGCGGACAAGAAAUUGUAA